GGGGAGGAGCGGACAGGGGCUGUGCGUGCGCGCACACGAGGCUAGAGCAUGAGCUGGACUUGACGGCGAGGCAGAGGCAAGAGCCACCGCCCCCUCUUCCCCUCCCCCGAGUGGGGCUGCGCAGCGGGCAGGAGAGGGAUGGGGGGCGCCUGCUGACUCUGACCUCGCUGCGGGCGCUUCUGGCUCACGCAGCGUGCCCACGGGUCUCCAGUGCUCACCCUCGGCCCUAAAAGCCUACGCCCGGCGGGCGCACCCGGGCCGGCGAGUAGGGGGCGCCCGCCCGGGUGGGUGGGGCGGAGGGGAGUGUGUGUACCUGAGGUCACCAGCUCUUCCGGAGAGGCAGGGGCGGCCACGGCGGUGCCAGAACUGCAGAGCUGCGGGGUCCCUCCGACCCUUUACCCUCAGCCUGGGAAGUAACCAACUCAUGAUGAGUGCCAGAAACAACGAGCACUGAAUGAUGAAGCAUUUUCUCUUGUGGGGCAGUAUCAUGACUUAUACAAGUUCUAGCAAGUGUGACGAGUCCCAAGCAAGCACCGAAUGCUGACACAUUAUUUUUGUCAUCAAAAUAUGACGAGUACAGUGUUUGAUGAGUUCUGAAGCUGACAAGUAUCGAGAAUGUGAAGCAUGUUACAGAAGCAUUCAAGAAGUGGCUGAAGGGGGGAGGAAAAAAGUGCCACUGCCUGUCAGAAAAAAACAAAACAAAACAUGGGAAAUACAACCACGAAAUUCCGUAAAGCACUCAUCAAUGGUGAUGAAAACCUGGCCUGCCAAAUAUAUGAAAACAACCCUCAGCUAAAAGAAUCUCUUGAUCCAAAUACAUCUUAUGGGGAACCCUACCAGCACAAUACUCCUUUACACUAUGCUGCUAGACAUGGAAUGAAUAGGAUAUUAGGGACUUUUCUUUUUGGUAGAGAUGGAAAUCCAAAUAAACGGAAUGUGCACAAUGAAACAUCUAUGCAUUUGUUGUGUAUGGGACCUCAGAUUAUGAUAUCUGAAGGAGCCCUUCAUCCUCGCCUAGCACGCCCUGCGGAAGAUGAUUUCAGAAGAGCAGAUUGUCUGCAGAUGAUCUUAAGAUGGAAAGGAGCAAAACUUGACCAAGGCGAAUAUGAGAGAGCAGCUAUUGAUGCUGUAGAUAACAAAAAAAACACACCCCUGCACUAUGCUGCUGCCUCAGGGAUGAAAACCUGUGUGGAGCUUUUGGUAAAACAUGGAGGAGACUUGUUUGCUGAGAAUGAGAAUAAAGAUACUCCUUGUGAUUGUGCUGAAAAGCAACACCACAAAGAUUUGGCCCUUAAUCUGGAAUCUCAGAUGGUAUUCUCACGAGACCCCGAAGCUGAAGAAAUAGAAGCUGAAUAUGCUGCAUUAGACAAACGAGAGCCAUAUGAAGGAUUAAGGCCUCAGGAUCUUCGUAGACUGAAGGAUAUGCUUAUUGUGGAAACAGCAGACAUGCUUCAGGCUCCACUAUUUACUGCUGAAGCUUUACUUCGAGCUCAUGACUGGGACAGGGAGAAAUUACUUGAAGCUUGGAUGUCCAACCCAGAGAACUGCUGCCAACGAUCAGGUGUUCAAAUGCCAACUCCACCGCCAAGUGGGUAUAAUGCCUGGGACACGCUCCCUUCGCCAAGGACUCCAAGAACUACACGCUCUUCUGUCACCUCUCCAGAUGAAAUAAGUCUAUCUCCUGGGGAUUUGGACACCAGUUUGUGUGACAUUUGUAUGUGCAGUAUUUCUGUAUUUGAAGACCCAGUGGACAUGCCCUGUGGCCAUGACUUUUGUAGAGGGUGUUGGGAAUCAUUUUUGAAUCUGAAAAUUCAAGAAGGUGAAGCUCACAACAUUUUCUGCCCUGCAUAUGAUUGCUUCCAACUUGUACCUGUGGAUAUCAUAGAAAGUGUAGUUUCUAAGGAGAUGGACAAACGAUACCUACAGUUUGAUAUUAAGGCCUUUGUUGAAAAUAAUCCUGCCAUUAAAUGGUGUCCUACUCCAGGCUGUGAAAGAGCAGUCAGACUAACGAAACAAGGGUCAAAUACAUCUGGGUCUGAUACACUGAGCUUCCCUUUGCUCAGAGCUCCUGCUGUGGACUGCGGAAAAGGACAUCUCUUCUGCUGGGAGUGCCUUGGUGAAGCACAUGAGCCUUGUGAUUGCCCAACAUGGAAAAAUUGGCUACAAAAAAUAACUGAAAUGAAACCAGAAGAACUUGUGGGAGUUAGUGAAGCUUAUGAGGAUGCUGCCAACUGUCUCUGGUUGUUAACUAACUCCAAGCCUUGUGCCAACUGUAAGUCUCCAAUACAGAAGAACGAGGGAUGCAAUCACAUGCAGUGCGCAAAGUGCAAGUAUGACUUUUGCUGGAUUUGCCUAGAAGAAUGGAAAAAGCAUAGUUCUUCCACAGGCGGGUAUUACAGAUGCACUCGCUAUGAGGUCAUCCAGCAUGUGGAGGAGCAAUCCAAGGAGAUGACCGUGGAGGCUGAGAAAAAACACAAACGGUUUCAGGAACUUGACAGAUUUAUGCACUAUUACACAAGAUUUAAAAACCAUGAGCAUAGCUAUCAGUUAGAACAACGCCUUCUUAAAACAGCCAAAGAAAAGAUGGAGCAAUUGAGUAGAGCUCUCAAAGAAACUGAAGGAGGCUGUCCAGAUACCACUUUCAUUGAAGAUGCAGUUCAUGUGCUCUUAAAAACUCGACGCAUUCUCAAGUGUUCUUAUCCCUAUGGAUUUUUCUUAGAACCUAAAAGCACAAAAAAAGAAAUUUUUGAACUCAUGCAAACAGACCUAGAAAUGGUCACUGAAGACCUUGCCCAAAAAGUCAAUAGGCCUUACCUUCGCACACCCCGCCACAAGAUCAUCAAGGCAGCAUGCCUCGUCCAGCAGAAGAGGCAGGAAUUCCUGGCAUCCGUGGCCCGGGGCGUUGCUCCUGCAGACUCACCGGAAGCUCCAAGGCGCAGCUUUGCUGGUGGAACAUGGGACUGGGAAUACUUAGGAUUUGCAUCACCUGAGGAAUAUGCUGAAUUUCAGUAUCGGAGGAGGCACAGACAGCAGCGCCGCCGAGGAGACGUGCACAGUCUGCUUAGUAACCCUCCAGACCCUGACGAGCCCAGUGAAAACACCUUAGCAGAUCUCCCAGAAGGGAGCAGUGGCCGCAGGCCGGGUCCCUCCGUGGUCAGCUCUGCAUCCAUGAGUGUACUGCACAGCUCUGCCGUGCGUGACCUCACCUCCGCCAGCCGCUCGGAGAACCAGGACUCCCUCCAGGCUCUGAGUUCCUUGGAUGAAGAUGACCCCAACAUACUUCUUGCAAUACAGUUGUCACUGCAAGAAUCUGGGCUGGCCACCGAUGAAGGAAAUAGAGACUUCCUCAGUAAUGAAGCAUCCUUAGGAGCGAUAGGCACUACUUCAUCUUCCAGGCUGGACUCUGUCCCUAGGAACACAGAGAGCCCUCCAGCUGCGUUAAGCAGCUCUGAGCUGUUGGAACUUGGCGACAGCCUCCUGAGGCUAAGAGCAGAAAGUGACCCAUUUUCACCUGACACCCUGAGUUCGCACCCUCUCAGUGAGGCAAGAAGCGAAUUCUGUCCCUCAUCCAGUGACCCUGACUCAGCUGGCCAGGAUGCCAACAUCAAUGACAAUCUUCUUGGCAACAUAAUGGCUUGGUUUCACGACAUGAACCCUCAGACUAUUGCCCUGAUUCCUCCAGCGGCAACAGAAAUCAGUGCAGAUUCCCAGCCCCCCUGUGUCAGAGAUGGGUCAGAAGGUAUGAGGGACGUGGAGCUGGUGCCGCCAGAAGAUCCCGUGUUUGAAGAUGCUGUGGUCAGUGAGGGUAGAGGAACCCAGAAAGGAGAAGAAAACUCUUUGGAUGAGAGUAUUCGAGCUGGGGAAGCAGCAUCUCAAGCUGGCAAAAGUGGUAAUGAGGCAGCCAACAAGGAGGGUGGUUCAGAUGUUUCAGGUCAAACACCUCAAACCUCAAGUGACUGGGCUGAACAAGUACACUUAGUGUGAGCUGCGCACCUCUGGGCUCCAGAUGAAUCGCAGGUGCAGGUGGUAUGCUAGUGCAGUGUGCUUUAUAGAGACUGGAUCCCCUUAGUUCCAACUCCAUUCUAAACCACUGGCGUUAGGAUUGAAUACGAGGAGUUCCCUCAGAUGGUAGCUUCAUUUUGGAGUUAACCUCACAGGGAGCUUCUUUUAUUUAAUUGGAUAGCUGUCCCUUUUUUGCUGACAGAAAGAAGAGCAGGAGAAAAAGAGAAACACAAAUGGGAGUAAGGAGAUUAGAUUCCACAUUCUAAGAAAAUGCAGUCCUCUGUUUAGCCUAAGGUCGGCAAUACUUAGGUUGAACAUUAAAAUUAAAGGCUUACUCCUUAACCCUCGGGUGGUUUUAAAAAAAAGGGGUGGGGAGAAUCUUCAUUUUAGAAGUUAUUUUGGACAGAUCUGGUACCAGACAUUGAGUUCCUCAAUCUCUUUGUGCUCUUCCAUAACUUUCUUCCCGCCUUUUUGUCUGAGCAGUGUGAAUCGAAGUGUCCAAAGCUUCUCUUUAGUGCUGCAUCUACCAUGUAAUUAGUUUUCAUUUUGACAUGAGUCAAAAAUUUCUUUUCUUGUCUAUUUACAGUCCACUAGUGCCAAACUCUGA